UAUUUUGGAGGGACAACGCUUAACCAUUACUCUUCCUCCUUUCACGUUCAUUCUCUGAUGAAGAAAAUUUUCAAAAAGAUUUCUACCUACUUUCAUUUUCAGGUAUAAAUAUAUUCAAUCUUAUUUAUUUGAAUUUUGAUUGUGUACAGUACUAAAUGGCGAGAGGAAGUGCAACAUCUCUAUAUCGAAUCUAUUCAUCCAGAAAAAAUAUUUCUACGGUUAGGUUUUCUUUAUUGAAUCAUUCAUUCCAUUCUACAAGAGAGCGAGGGGAGUGCUCAAACUCUCUAAAAGGUUCGGUUUUUAUUGAUAUUGAUUACCCAAUACAUCGAAAUUUGACGGGGUGGAUAAACUUACAAUUAGGGUUACGGAAUAAGAAAUUUAGGGAUUUUAACGUUACCCAUUGGAGAUCAUACUCUACAGAGGUUAACGGAAAUGAUGCCAAUGGUAUUUUUCCUGAUUCAACAGCGGUUGAGAGUACAACUGGAAUUGAUAGUUGUUCUGAGAUUGUAUCUGUAAGUGAUGAUGAUCCGGUAAGGUUAUAUCGAGAGCUUCGUGAUUCUGAAGAGAAUGAAGCGAAGCUAACGACGUCUGAGUGGGAUGAUGUAGAUGAGAUUUUUAAUUGCUUUGUUAAAUCAGGAUGGGCGUCUAAUCAAGCUCUUGCUAUUUACAUUGGAUUGUCAUUUUACCCAACAGCUGUUAGAAAGUUUCAAACAUUCCUUAAGAAUAAAUGUACCGGCGAUAUUGCUAAGCAUCUUAUAUCAUUGGGUCCUUCUCACGAGUCUGAGAGGUUCCUUUUCCCUAUUUUUGUUGAAUUCUGUUUGGAAGAGUUUCCGGAUGAGAUCAAAAGGUUUCGGGGAAUUCUUGAUUCUGCAGAUUUAACGAAGCCUCACACUUGGUUUCCAUUUGCUAGAGCUAUGAAACGGAAAAUCAUUUACCAUUGUGGGCCGACUAACAGUGGUAAAACUUAUAAUGCCUUGCAGAGGUUUAUGGAGGCCGAGAAAGGUAUAUAUUGUAGUCCUCUAAGACUCUUAGCCAUGGAAGUCUUUGACAAGGUGAAUGCCCUUGGGGUUUACUGUAGUCUCCAUACUGGGCAGGAAAAGAAGCAUGUUCCAUUCUCGAAUCACUCUGCAUGUACUAUGGAGAUGGUUUCUACAGAGCAAUUGUAUGAUGUGGCGGUUAUAGAUGAGAUACAGAUGUUGGCUGAUCCAUGUAGAGGUUAUGCAUGGACUCGAGUAUUACUUGGCGUAAUGGCUGACGAGGUUCAUCUUUGUGGUGACCCAAGUGUUCUGAAAAUUGUUCGAAAAAUAUGUGCAGAAACUGGAGAUGAGUUAGUUGAAAAUCAUUAUGAACGGUUCAAGUCUCUCAUGGUGGAAGGCAAAACCCUUCUAGGGGAUCUGCGGAAUGUUAGACCUGGAGAUUGUGUUGUUGCAUUCUCAAGGAGAGAGAUAUUUGAGGUAAAAAUGGCGAUCGAGAAAUUUACGAAGCAUCGAUGUUGUGUCAUUUAUGGUGCAUUGCCGCCAGAGACUAGGCGCCAGCAAGCUACCUUGUUCAAUGAUCAGGAUAAUGAGUAUGAUGUUCUGGUUGCAAGUGAUGCGGUGGGAAUGGGGUUGAACCUAAAUAUUAGAAGAGUUGUUUUUUAUAGUCUCUCAAAGUAUAAUGGUGACAAAGUUGUACCCGUUCCAGCCACACAGGUGAAGCAAAUUGCGGGAAGAGCUGGCAGAAGAGGAAGCCGCUAUCCAAACGGACUCACAACUACCUUGCAUCUGGAUGAUUUGCAGUACCUAGUUGAGUGUUUAAAGCAACCUUUCGACGAAGUUAAGAAAGUGGGUCUGUUUCCUUUCUUUGAGCAGGUGGAGUUAUUUGCAGGGAAGCUCCCAGAUAUGACGUUCUGCCAGCUAUUGGAUAAGUUUGGUGAGAAUUGCCGUCUUGAUGGUUCUUACUUCUUGUGUCGUCAUGAUCAUAUCAAGAAGGUUGCAAAUAUGUUGGAGAAGGUUCAAGGAUUAUCUCUUGAAGACCGUUUUAACUUUUGCUUCGCCCCAGUUAAUAUUAGAGAUCCAAAAGCAAUGCACCAUCUGUUGAGUUUUGCUUCAACAUACAGCCAAAACCGUAGGGUUAGUAUAGCAAUGGGAAUGCCCAAGUGUUCUGCUCGAAAUGAUUCGGAGUUAUUAGAUCUCGAGACCAGACAUCAAGUUUUGUCUAUGUAUCUCUGGCUGUCAUAUCACUUCAAGCAGGAGAUGUUCCCUUACGUGGAGAAGUAUUCUGCAAUGGCAGCAGAUAUUGCAGAUUUAUUGGGUCAAUCUCUCACUAAUGUUACCUGGAAACCUGAAUCAAGGAAUCCUUCCCCCAAAGCCCAGAAAGAAGAUGGCUACCAGAGGCCAAUGUCCCUUGUCAAAGAACAACAAAAGAAGCGGCAAGUGAAUGUUCCGCAGCAAAAAUUUUCAAACCAGGGUUUUUCGGCCUAAGAGUAAUGCAUUACCAGGGUUCAGUUUAUCAUAUCCAGAUCUUGUUGUGGAUGUUAGGUUAAUGUAUCUUCUGUUUUCAUCGGAUAGUUGAUAUCAUUCCAACUUUACUGAAGGUUCCAUUAAUCUAGGGAUCCUCCCCCAAAAACUCAGAAGGAAGAUGGCUACCAAAGGCCAAGGUUGCUUUACAAAGAGCAGCAAAAGAAGAAGCAAAUGAAUGUUCCGCAGCUGAAUCCUUCUGAUCAGGGUCUCUCAACAUAAGGGUAAUGCUUUCCAAGGUUCAGUUUAUGAUUUUCAGACCUCAAUGUGGAUAUUAGAUUAAUGUAUCUUCUCUUUUCCCUUUUGGAUUGUUAAUAAUAUUCCAAUUUUGCUGAUGGUUCCAUAUAUCCGUUCCGCUUCCUCUGUCAUGUUUUUUCAAUUGUUAGUUACAUCUAUUAUACUCUAUAGAAGCACACUUUUGAAUAGCUUCUGAUGUGUGAAUCUUUAUAUGCUCUAUAAUAUGUAUUGUUAUCUCAGUAACAUUUGGAUC